AUGGGAGACAGAUGCCUAUUCAACGACGAAUCACUCAAGUCGACGCCGGUAUCUCAGAUUUUGGCGUUUGCUAGGCGGAGGCAUGAAAAGUAUUCAUUUGAGUCCUCUGUGGAGCCUUCCUCGACGGACGCAAGGUGCGAUUUGAGGAUGCCUACCCAGAAAGAUCUCCAAACUACCUUUGAAAAUGAACCAGAAAUGACCUCUAAAGCUGACGUUAGAGCGUCGGAUGCCUUAACCACCAAGGUUGAUCAACAUGUAUUCGAAAAUGAACCGGAUCAAGUUUCAAGGGCGGACGUAAGAGCUGUAGAUGUUAGAGUACCAAAGCAGAUCAGUUGCGUCUUUGAAAACGAGCCUGAAGAGAUCUCAAAGGCCGAUGCAAGGUCCUCCGACGCUGCAAUAUCCAGGGAGACUUCACACGUUUUUGAGAACGAACCCGAGGUAGAAUCAAAAGCGGACAUUCGGUCCUCAGAUGCGCUAUUGAUAAAGGAGGCUUCACAUGUGUUUGAAAAUGACCCGGAUAGAAAGUCAAAAGCGGAUGUGCGUUCAUCUGAUGCAGUGAUUCUAAAAGAGGGCAGCCAUGUCUUUGAGAACGAACCGGAAGAAGAAUCUAAAGCCGAUGUUAGAUCUUCAGAUGCUGCACUUGUAAAGGAGGUUAGUAAUGUGUUUGAAAAUGAACCGGAAGAGAGAUCUAAGGCUGAUGUACGUUCAUCGGAUGCUGCUCUUAUAAAAGAAACUUCUCACGUCUUUGAGAAUGAGCCUGAAAGAGCCUCUAAAGCAGACGUACGCUCUUCGGAUGCCGUUGUUCAUCAUUCAAAGAGCCACAUUUUCGAGAAUGAACCCGAGACUGAAUCAAAGGCUGACGUUAGAUUUUCGGAUCCAAAACCAGAUUUAGCUGAACGCCAUGUAUUUGAAAAUGAACCAGAGUCAGAAUCCAAAGCAGAUGUACGAUUCUCUGACCCUAGGUCUGACAAGAUAGAUGGUUCAGUCUUUGAGAAUGAACCGGAAAAGACUUCAAAGGCGGAUGUUAGAUUUGUUGACCGUAAGUCUGACAGGGUAGAAGGUCACGUUUUUGAAAACGAACCAGAUGUUGUUUCAAAGGCAGACGUAAGGUUCUCUGAUCCAUCACCAACAUCAAAUGAUGCAAGAACGGUAUUUGAAUGCCAGAGAAGCCUAAGAAGCACCGCUGACUUUAGCGCCUCUGAGCCUCUCGCACCAAAGACACAAUACAUUACCACUUACGAAGCACAAACUGAAAAACACAGUAAGGCUGAUUACAAACACGACCUCAGCCAUACGCUAAUGAGGGAACUAUCGGCAACCAUGAAUGAAUGCCGGGGGUAUCAAGCUUAA